CGCCGAUUUUCCACAGCCAAUAAUUGCCCGGAAGUCGCCAUGGCAGACUCGCAGCCACCAGACCUGAGGCCUUCUGGGACUGGUUCAGACUUCGACCCAACAUGGAGCAAGGAUCCAGUGGAAGAGAUGAGGCAACCGUUGUUGCAGCCGGAGGCGGCCGCCAUGGAGCCUUCACAGACGUGGCACCAGUCGCAGGCGGAUAUCAACAUGGCCCUGGACCGUGCCGCUGCUGCGCUGGAGAAGCUCAGUGCAUCGAACCCGCGGACUUUCGAGGGACCCACAUCACCAACGACAUUCCAUAGUAUCGCUACACCAGGGAGUUCACAACGGAACUCGUUCGUCUUCCAGGAGUCGGAGUGGGAAAAACAUCAGGUGGUGCCUGUCACAACCUACCACAGUAUUGCGACGCCCGCAGGUUCGCAACGGAACUCGCAGGUGUUCCAGGACGAGCCCAAACAUCAGGAGAAUUGCCACCGGGAAGCUGAACAAGGUGAGUCUUCUAUUGAUGAGCCAGAUGACAACCGCGGGAACCGCCGGAACCGACGUAGUCGUUCCAAACGCAGCCGGCGAAGCCGGCGCCCCAUUAAGGAAGCCUGCUGUGGGGAGAGACGCUGUGUGGAGGCGCGACAUGUGCAUUGCUUUCAGCUUUGCUGCGCACGCCUUACCUGCUCAUGGUGUUUGAAAGGGUCGCUGCUUGUCUUAGCGGUGAACUACAUCUUCCUAUCAGGACCUUUGAGCCAACCGUUGUGGAUUCCCAUCAGCACGAAAUAUGCCUGUGAGUCAAAUGAUGAUGGGAAUGGGCCCAAACUUGUGGCUCACAAGAAAGAUCUUUCCGGUGGUUUGCAUGCGUGCGAGACCUUGUGCAACCAGCAUCCUGGCUGUCAGGCGAUCGAUUGGUACAACACCACCAGGUGGUGUAACCUUUAUGCAGUGCCAUGCUUGAAGCCCACUGCCAACUGGGAUGGGGCGAGCAGCUAUCAGAAGGCCGUUGUGUGCCAGCUUUCCAACGGCACUAGCGGAGUGCUCAUCGGUGGGCAGUGCCAUGUAGGAAUUCACGUGCCAUCUAUGUCCUCAGUGGUGGUGCAAGAAGUGCCUGCCAUGCUUUCAUCCUGGAGAAGUUGGUCCAUGACGCUUUUGGUCACGCUCAUCUACUGCUACAUGAUGUCGGAGUGGUGUCGGGAGAAGCUCCGCCCUGCUGUGAAAGUUGCCACUUGGCCAAUUGUCACACCAAUCAGAUCGACGUAUCAAGGAGGCAUUGCUCGAAAGGUUGGAGUUCUAGUCCUUCUGAUAGCUGCUUGGGCAGCUGGUACGUUCCGAUACUGGGGUUUGCCUCCUCAUCCUGAGAAAGUGGCUCGAGGAGAAGUGCCUGAGCUGCCUCUCAUGGAGUGGGGCUGGCUUGGCAUCAGUCUGCUGGCGCUUCUGCUCCUGCUUUGCAAGGGCUUCCGAGCCUGCAUCCUCUCUACAGUUGUUGCGAUUGGCAGCUGCAUCAUGUCGGUCUUUGCGACCGCUUGCACCACUGCUGCAUCGCUCUGUUUCGAGUCGAGCUUGCUGGCGGAUGCUGCCGUGAUGGGUGGAGGUGCUGCCGUGGCGGCCGAAGGUGCAGCGGGUGCGACGGCCGUCGCGGAGGCUGGUGCCACUGUGGAGGCCACUGCUGCGGCAGAUGCGGCACUGGGCGUUGAAGGGACAGCCGCCGCAGAUGUGGUCCUCGGCGUUGCAUCGUCGAGGAUCCACUUUCGGGCGGAGCUGUGGUUGGAGGGAUGUCAUGGAAAAACUGAAGUUCUAAAGGAUGGGGUUACCAACAACGAGUUGAGUCAGCGGCGGCACAGAUUUUAGGGUUGCUGCGCUUGAGGCUGAAUCUUUAUAUUUAAACCCCUUGUGCUGCCAACAAGGAGUAGUAGCAUAGUACCCACAUAGAAUGGGCUCCUAAGGACAUGGUGUGGUCGCGAACCUACCUUUAUGGUGAUUUUCGCUUCGCUUUCCUUUUUGGAGCCAAGGCUGCUGGCGGCGCUGCCGCAGGCGAAGCCGCAACUGCGGCGGAGGCGGCGGCCGCCGCGGAGGCCGUUGCGGCAGCGGAUGCCGCCGUGGCAGCAGAGGGUUUGGGCCUCCUGGCGCUUUGUGCAAUCCAGUGAAUUCAUGUAUAUAGCUCUCCUCAUUCUGAAUGAGCCGCCUUUGGUGGUCCUCAUUAGCCGCAGUCAGCAAACACGCAGCCAAAAGAG